ACCAUUUCUGAUUUCAGGAAGUACCAGUGCACAACCUGUACUGAGCUUUUCUACACUGAAGAAGAAAGGGAACUCCAUUGCAAGCGAAGAGGACAUAUCCAUACAUACGAGAUGAAAGUAUCGCCGUAUUGUGAACUAUACGCCAAUCAGCUCCUGAAAGAUGUUGAAUAUGUUGCUCUCCAUGGAUUCGACGCCCUCAUUAUGCAGAGAAGUAAAGCAAAUCUAGCAUGUGAUACUGUUAUGAAUAAGCAAUCGAGGACGCUUAUUGAUGCCAAGCGUAACGUUGAUGCAUCACCUGGCCAGGACCAGCCACCUUCGAGUUCCCUACGAGUGAAAUCUCCUCCGAAAUCUAUACCAAAGUCAGCCGAUGAAAAUGGUAGAGAGUCGUCGGCAAAAUUACCGAAGUUUACGAAGAGUCCAGGGAACCUCGAGUGGAAACCGGCCGAUGACUGGACCAGAAUAGAAGUGGACUCGGGGGGUCCAACUAUUUCAAGUGCUACACAGCUCCUGGGAGAAGCGUUGCGAACCACACCAUCUGAAGUGCGGUGCACAAUUUGUAAAACAACGACACCGUCUGAAUACAUCAUUCGAAAGCAACAUGUGUCUGCCAAUCAUAUGCCAAAGGAUCAUACAGAAUCUGAUUAUGUGGAAAUAUUGAGCGACAUGAUGAAGAAAGCAUAUCCUACGAUGACGUACAACGAUUUGCAGUGCCAAAUUGGUGGAUGUCAAAAGGAGUACAAGUGCUCGGCUUCCAGGUAA